UUUAACAUUUAAUUAAAAAUGGUUCAAGCGAGUGAAAGCGAUAUUUUGACUAUAGGCGGAGUUCUAAAUGACUCUGCCAGGCCUCUGAAAGAGAGAUUCCGCGCUCUAUUCACUCUGAAGAAUAUUGGUGGUGCAAUGGCAAUAGAUCAGAUCCAUGCAUGCUUCAAAGAUCCGUCAGCAUUGUUGAAACAUGAGCUUGCAUACUGUCUAGGUCAAAUGCGAGAUUCUGCAGCCAUUAAUAUUUUAACAAGUGUCCUGGAAGAUCUGUCACAGGAGCCGAUGGUACGUCACGAAGCUGGAGAGGCACUGGGUGCUAUCGGUGAGUCAAGGGUAAUUCCUCUAUUGGAAAAGUAUCGCAAAGAUCCUAUACCUGAAGUAGCAGAGACAUGUGAGUUGGCCUUAAAUCGAUUGAGGUGGUUAGAGUCUAACAGUAAUGCAAAGAACUUACAAAAGAAUUCAUACUCUACUAUUGAUCCUGCACCACCGGCAGAAAUAAUAGACGUAAAAGUCUUGAGAGAUAUUUUGUUGGAUGAAAGCAAGUCGUUGUUUGACAGAUACAGAGCAAUGUUCUCACUGAGAAAUUUGGGUACCAGAGAGAGCAUUCUAGCUCUUACUGAAGGUUUGAAAACCGGUAGUGCCCUAUUCAAACACGAAAUAGCGUUUGUACUAGGACAACUUCAAGACGAGACAUCCGUGCCAGGAUUGCAAGCAUCAUUGGAAAAUACGGAGGAAAACGAGAUGGUCAGGCAUGAAUGUGCGGAGGCUUUAGGUUCCAUUGCCACUCCUGAAUGCUACAAGAUAUUAAACAGAUAUCUCAAUGAUAGUAAAAGAGUUGUUCAUGAGAGUUGCGUAAUCGCCUUGGACAUGUGCGACUAUGAAAAUAGUACGGAAUUUCAGUAUGCCGAUACGUUGGUUAAACUUUCUACUGCGUGAAGAGUUUUAUUUAUAUUGUGAUUAUUUCUUAUAUCGAAUGAAAGAAGAGAAAUAUAUAAA